AUGUACGCGCGGUCCGAGAAGUCGCCCAUCUACCCGCCUCCUCAAUACGAUCAAACCCAGUACGGCCGCCCUCAAUCGGGAGGUCCCCAGUACGGGGCCUCUCCAGUGAGACAACCCCAGUACGGACAGCCUCCGUAUGGACCUCCCCCAACAGGACAGCCUCACUACGGGCAGCCACAAUAUGGCCAACCCCAAUAUGGUCAACCUCAGUAUGGACAGCCACAAUAUGGCCAAACACCUUACGGACAGCUUCAGCCCGGUCCCAACCCCGUGUUUGGAGGGCAACCCACCCCAGACCCCAGGUACGACUCACAAUCGGGGAUGACCACCAUGGGAGGGCCACUGCCUCUGCCCGUCGUGAUCCCGCAGCAGCGCCCAGGGUCUCAAGAGCGAGGCUUCAUGGCCGCCUACGCGCCAGCGCUGGAGUCGUGCGGCAUCGACCAAAAGACGUUCCUGCGCUUCAUCGAUGAGACGAACACAGCCUUAGAGGGCAACAAGUACCUCGCUGGCGUGCAAGUCGUCUCUCUUGGCGUGGGCUUCACUCCCGAGGUCAUCGUCAUGGGCGUCGCCGCGGCGGUGCAAGCGGGCGCCUGGAUGGCCAACAAGGGCUACGUCCGAGGAAAGACCAACAACGUCAUGGACAAGUACAACCGCGAGCUUUUCGCACCUCACGGUCUGUUCUGCAUGAUUAUGAAACACGAUCCUGAGCUCAAGGAGCCCAAGAAUCCCGGCCGUCUCAAGCAGCUUGCCUCACUGGCUGUCAACGGCUCGAGCAACGGCGGCGGCAGUGCAUGGAUGCGUAAUCAUAUUUCCGGCUCGUCGCAGGGCCCGGACGGUCUGCCUACGGCCGUCGCCUUGCUUGUCUACAUGGACAACCGCCGCCAACACAAGAAUUACCUGUCCGAUUCCCCGCCGGAGUCACCCGCCUCCCAGAGCGGUGUCGUCCCCGCCGGAGGCAAGACCUCCACCAAGGAGAAGGCCAAGAAGGCCUUUGACAACUUCAACGACUACCUCGACCGUCGCGCUCGCGCAAAAUACGCCGCCGAGAACGGCACCGACGCGCUGAGCGGGCCGACUGGUCGUGGCUUCAGCAACCGGUACCUGGACCCCAAUCAUCCGGCCGUCAACGGAGGUCUGAUCGGCGUGCUGUCCGGUGGCGUGUUGAGUCCUACCCCGGAGCAGCGUGCACAGAAGAAGGCUGCCAGGAUUGAUGAGGAGGAGAGGAGAGUGCUUGACGAAUACAAUGACCGGAGGGAUCGCAUCUUGAACGACCGACGCAGUCAAUCCGAGACAGAUCGGGAGUUGAGGCGGUUGGAGAAGGACUACGAGCCUCGUCUGGAGCAGUUCCGCAAGAGGAGAAGGGAGCUAGAAGGUGGUAAAAGAUCCAUCAAGAGCGUAAGUCUAACUCAUGCUGAUUUGGUGAACAUUUUGUACCUGAUGAUCGUCAACCUUCCGUCAGACGCCACUCUUGCUGCCGCUUCGUCGAAACUGGAGCACGAAUAUGGUCACAGUGUCAUGACCGAGACGAUGCCUCCUCCAGCGUACUAA